AUGGAGUCUAAGCGUAAACUCUGCGCUUACUUUCAUCUCUUCCUCUUCCUCUUCCUCUUCCUCGCUUCAAUGGCAGAAGCAGAAUCAGCUGACCCUCAAACAGAGUCCCUUCUCACCUUAAAAUCACAACUCACCGACAAUUCCAACACCUUGAAAGACUGGUUCCUCAUCACCACUCCCGGAAUUUCCGACACCAACCUAGUCGCAUGUUGUUCCUGGUCCGGUGUCCGAUGCAACCGAAACUCCACCUCCGUUAUCUCCCUCAACCUCUCUUCCAAAAAACUCGCCGGAACUUUCCCAACCAACCAGUUCACAACCUUCACCGACCUCCUCGAGCUCAACAUCAGCGACAACUCCUUCUCCGGCGAGUUUCCUCCAGACAUCUUCAACAUCACCACUCUCAUAACCCUCGACAUAAGCAAAAACAACUUCUCCGGCCGUUUCCCAGACGGUGUCUCAUCGCUCAAGAACCUAAUCCAGCUCGACGCCUUGAGCAACAGCUUCUCCGGCUCCUUACCAAUCGAUCUCCCUCAGUUAGAGAAUCUCAAAGUACUCAAUCUCGCCGGAAGCUACUUCACCGGACCAAUCCCGAGUCAAUACGGAUCUUUCAAGAAUCUCGAGUUUCUUCAUCUUGGAGGAAACUUACUCAGCGGACACAUACCACAAGAGCUUGGGAACUUGAAAACUGUGACUCACAUGGAGAUUGGUUACAACUCGUACCAAGGAUCAAUCCCUUGGCAAAUCGGUUACAUGAGUGAGCUCAAGUACCUAGACAUCGCCGGAGCCAAUCUCUCCGGCUUCUUGCCAAAGCAUUUCAGCAAUUUGACAAAGCUUGAAUCUCUGUUCCUCUUUAGAAACCAUCUCUCCGGAGAAAUCCCAUGGGAGCUCGGAGAAAUCACUUCUCUUGUGAACUUGGACCUCUCAGACAACAACCUCUCCGGAGCCAUACCGGAGAGCUUCUCAGGUUUGAAGAAUCUCAAGCUGUUGAGUCUUAUGUACAAUGAGCUGAGUGGGACUCUCCCUGAAGGAAUUGCUCAGCUUCCUUCUUUGGACACUCUCUUCAUAUGGAACAAUUACUUCACUGGCUCACUUCCAAGAACCUUGGGGACUAAGUCAAAGCUCAGAUGGGUUGAUGUGUCCACCAACAGUUUCCAAGGAGAGAUCCCUGAAGGUAUUUGCUCAAGAGGUGUUCUCUUCAAGCUCAUGCUCUUCUCCAAUAACUUCACUGGAACUCUGUCUCCAUCUCUCUCAAACUGCUCCACGCUUGUUCGUAUCCGGCUUGAAGAUAACUCCUUCUCAGGUGUGAUCCCUUUUAGCUUCACAGAGCUUCCUGAUAUCUCUUACAUAGACCUUUCAAGAAACAAACUCACUGGAGGCAUUCCUCAAGAUAUAUCCAAAGCUACAAAGCUUGAAUACUUCAAUAUCUCCAAUAACCCUCACCUUGGAGGCAGACUUCCAUUAAAGAUUUGGUCUGCGCCGCGUCUUCACAACUUCUCUGCUUCCUCCUGCAGUAUCUCCGGAGCUCUCCCUGAGUUUGAAUCAUGCAAGUCCAUCACUGUUAUUGAGCUGAGUAACAACAGCAUGUCAGGGAGUUUAACACCAACUGUUUCUGCUUGCCGGUCUCUUCAGAAGAUGGAUUUGUCAGACAAUAACUUGAGUGGUUCCAUCCCAUCUGAGAGAGUGUUUCAGUCAAUGGGGAAACAUGCAUAUGAGGGGAAUCCAAACCUGUGUGGACUUCCUCUGAAGCCAUGUGAAGCUUACACAAGCUCAAGGAAACUUGUGUCUGUUCUUGUAGCUUGUCUAGUGUUUCUUGUACUAAUUGCAGCUGGAACUUUGGGGUUGUACUAUGUUCGUCAGAGAAGUCAAGGUCAAUGGAAGAUGGUGUCUUUUGCAGGACUCCCUCAUUUCACAGCUGAUGAUGUUUUGAGGAGUUUUGAUUCACAAGAACCUACUGCCUCACCCUGCAAAACAGUUCUGCCAACAGGAAUAACAGUCAUAGUGAGGAAAAUCGAACUUCAAGGGAAGAAGAAGAGUGUUGUGUUGAAAGUUCUAACGCAGAUGGGGAAUGCAAGACAUGUGAAUCUGGUCAGGUUGCUUGGUUUUUGUUACAACAAUCAUCUUGCGUAUGUGUUGUAUGAUAAUAACUUGCAUACCGGGACGACUCUGGCUGAGAAGAUGAAGACGAAGAAGAGAGAUUGGGAAACUAAGAAGAGGAUCAUCAGUGGAGUUGCAAAAGGGCUUUGCUUCCUUCACCAUGAAUGUUACCCUGCAAUUCCACAUGGAGAUGUGAAGUCGACUAAUGUUUUAUUCGAUGAUGAUAACAUGGAACCUUGCUUGGGUGAAUUUGGUUUCAAAUACAUGCUGCAUUUGAGCAAAGGCUUGGUCUCUUCAACUGCAAACACAGAUCAGAUGAACGAUGUGAUAAGAGAGGAGCAGCAAACGGACAUAUACAACUUUGGAGAGCUUGUUUUGGAGAUCUUAACAAAUGGGAAGCUGAGGAAUGCAGGCAGAUUGGUAGAUAACAAGCCAAAGGAUGUUCUCCUACGAGAAGUAUACGCAGAAAACAAAGUGAGUUCGAGUAGUUAUGAACAAGGAGAAGUGAAACGAACUGUUGAGGUUGCACUUCUCUGCGUAACAAGUAACGAGUCUGACCGUCCCUGUAUGGAAGAUGCGCUCAGGUUCUUAUCUGAAGCACAUAAUAGGUUGAAAUAG